AUGGCUUUUUUCCUCCGGCGCCCGUUCGCCGUGGCUUCGGCCAUUCGGCAGGUCCCAAAGCUCUCUAAUACUGCUCGUCUCAUCCACAACUCUCCUCUCAAGCCCACCCAGGCUGCUCCCAAAGCGGCUUCCUCAAUCUUCACGAAGUCCCGCCAGACCUUCCAGAAUGCCUUCCGACGGACAUAUAUGCAGCCCACCUAUGGCUCCUCCACCCAGGGCAACAUGGGCCAGAAGUUGCUAUACGGUGCUGCCAUCGUAGGUGGUACUGUCUUGGCCACCAACGUCAUUUUCAACCGUGAAACCCGAGAGGAUGGCGGUAUGCCCGCUUACGAACGAAGCUACCUGAACGAAACUUUCAUGCACACUGGUCUUGGUAUUGGUAUCAUUGCUAUUGCCGCCCGCGCUUUGCACUCCAAUGGUUGGUCUUUCCGCUUGAUGGCCAUGAACCCAUGGCUUGUCCUGGGUGUCGGUCUUGUCGGCAGCAUGGGAUCCAUGUAUGGAACUUUCUACACCUCCCCAGAUAACUACGUAAUGAAAUAUGGCUUCUGGACUCUCUUCAACGUCACCCAGGCUGCAUUGCUCUCCCCACUGAUGUUCUACAACCCUGCUCUCCUCGCUCGUGCUGGUAUCUACACUGUUGGUUUGAUGGGCUCGAUUGCUUUCGUCGGCGCCACUGCUAAGCAAGAGAAGUACCUCUACCUUGGUGGCCCCCUCCUCGCCGGUGUGACCCUCGUUGCUCUUUCUGGACUUGCCCCUAUGGUUCUUCCCGCCACUGCUGCUCGUACCCUGAUGUGGUCUGAGCGCAUCUGGCUUUAUGGUGGUCUGGCCGUCUUCGGUGGCUUCACCCUCUACGACGUUCAGAAGGUUCUGGCACACUCGCGUAUGGCCGAGCGUGGAUACAUCCAGCGUGACCCCGUUAACGAGAGUAUCAGCCUCGAGCUGGACUUCAUUAACAUCUUUGUUCGCAUGGUCCAGAUUCUUGGCAUGCGCAGCAACAACCGGAAAUAA